UGUUUUUGUGUGACGAAGCGAAUGUUUUGUUUUUGUGUUCCGGUGGAAAAAAGAAAAAUGGCUUCGAGGAGCUAACACGGGAAGUUACCAGGAUAAACUCCGCUCAGUGACCCUGCAUCGGGCAACAGGAAGACAAAGCCAUGGGGAACACGAGCAGUGAGAGGGCUGCGCUGGGCCAGGGGGAGAAGGCUCAGCGGAGGGACAGCAGAGGUGCGAAGGAGGGCGACCGGCCCAAAAUCCUGAUGGACAGCCCUGAAGAUGCAGAUAUUUUCCAUGCUGAAGAUAUGAAAGCUCCGUUACAGAAAGAGGAGUUUCUCGCGUGGCAGCAAGAUUUAGAAGCUGAAGACAAAGGGCCAACUUUAGACAGACCAACAGUCUUUCGCUGGACAGGAGAUGGCAAAGAGGUCUACCUCUCUGGCUCCUUUAACAACUGGGUCAACAAGAUACCACUUAUUAGAAGUCAAAACACCUUUGUGGCCAUUGUCGAUCUGCCUGAGGGGGAGCAUCAGUACAAGUUUUAUGUAGACGGUCAGUGGACCCACGACCCAACUGAGCCGGUUGUAACCAGCCAGCUCGGCACCGUCAACAACAUCAUCCAGGUGAAGAAGACCGACUUUGAGGUGUUUGACGCUCUGAUGGUGGACUCGCAGAAAUGCUCUGACAUGUCAGACCUCUCCAGCUCUCCUCCCGGAGCAUAUCAUCAGGACGCCUAUGUUCCGAAGCAGGAAGAGAAGAUUAAGUCUCCGCCCAUUCUGCCUCCACACUUACUCCAGGUCAUCCUCAACAAAGACACUGGGAUUUCUUGCGACCCUGCUUUACUCCCAGAGCCCAACCAUGUCAUGCUCAACCACCUCUAUGCGCUGUCCAUUAAGGAUGGGGUGAUGGUGCUCAGUGGGACGCAUCGCUACAAGAAGAAGUACGUCACCACCUUACUCUACAAGCCCAUCUGAGUGGAGAUGUUUUUACUUCUAUCCCAGUGGGUUAACUGUACACUGAGUGUACAACAUAUUAGCUCCACCGGCCUUUUACCAUGAAACAGAGAGAACGAGUGAAUCCAGGCUCUAAUCAGGCCUGAGCUUCACCUGAUAGGUCUUCAUUCUGGUUUGAGGAGCCAAGAAGAAAUACAGCUUCAUAUUUUAAAUCCAAUUUUAAUUUGCAGUAAAGUCAGGAUAGUUUUUUUUUUACAUGCCCUGAAUACAAUGAAUUUAUCAACACAAGAUUAAAUGAAUCGGUACUCAAACGACAUAUCAACAGAUUAAUGCACAGAGCGUUAAGUUAAAUGAUGAUGAUACUAUCCCUGAAUCUUAAACACGACUCAGAAAUUAUAUAUUGUACACUCAUUGUAAACCCAGCUGUUGUACACAUCUGUCCAGGAUGACCAAUGUCAGUCAGUUACUCCAAUCCUCCGUAAUCUGCCUUUACCUGUUCACUGACUGCCCUCUGUAGUAACUGUGCUUUGUAGACCUAGAGAGGCAUUAACAAUGAGGUGAGACACGAGGAACAUGUCUAUGUUUGAAGCAGACAUGAAUACACUGAGAAGGAUGGGUAACGCGAUGGAAAUCCCUCGGCUUCAUGAGGCUGCCGCCGUCUUUCCUCUAUAAUGGUGGAACAAUCAAGAAUGUGAAAGUUAUAACGUUAAAAGAUGCACUGCAGUAGUUCUCCACUGUUUCCUUUAUGCCUGUUUAUCUUGAAAUAGUUUUAUUUGGUAUGAUCACAGAGCACACAGUAGAUAUUUUUGUAUUAUUUGUGAAGCAUUCAGUUGUAUAUAUUAUUUUAUACCUUGGUUGAUGAUGUCAUCUUAAUAUAGUUGCAGUGUUGUGGUCCGUUUUCAUUUCAGUCAUGUGUCCGAGCACAUUGCUCGUUUGGACCAAGACGACGUAGUUGAGACCAAAACCAGAGCAAAUUAUUAUGUUAUCAUGAAUUAACUUGAUCUAAACUCUAAAAUAACUGCACUACGAUAGUAAACAUUUAUUUAUGUACACACAGUGUAUGUAUCCUAAUCAGGUUCAAUGUUCACACUUUCGUCACGAUAAUGUAUCGUAAGAAUAAUACAAACAUUUCUAAAAUGUAUAAUACUAAUGCGUACACAUACAUUUUAAUCAUCUCUGAGGUUUUGAUGCACUGAUAUACCACUGAUAUCCUCCUUAAUUUACACAGUGUAAAAACAGUUUGUUUAACACUUGUAAAAUAUUUGAAAACCAUCUUUAAGAAAAACCUAUUGAGCAUGUUCAUUGACUUUUUAGUCUAGGUGCAGUUUAUGACCUAUACUGCAUCCAGCCACCAGGGGGAAACCAAGACAGUUUGGUGCCACUUAGGGAAAGGUGUCAAGUCGGCCAUCUUUAUUUACAGUCAAUGGUCACACCAUGUAGUUUGUCCCUGCCCUCAGAUAAUAUGGCAUCAUUUAGAUUUUGACACUAUUUGCAAAACCACUUCCUUUAAAGUGAUAGUUGAGAUGAAGAGUUAAGGUGAAUGGAAAAGAUGACAUGAAUGGAAACACAUCAUUGUGACCGAGUGACGCACGUUGGCUUGAAGAACCACAAAACUGACAAAGGGAACAGAUCAGGAUCGUGUGACUAAAAGGCGAUUUGAUCAUCUGCUGUUUAAAAAAGUUGAUCUAAUCUUGACACGCAGCUAAAACACAGUGACACAACAGAACCACAACACAGUUUGGCAACGCACUCGCCACGGUCAAGGCGAUUAGGAAACAUUUUGGUUGAAGCCUUGUAUAUGUGGGAGCUGUGUUACUGAGGAGAUGCUGUCAACAUGUUUGUGUUGUUAAUGAUCUGAAAUUAUGAUUAGAUUAUUAAUAUGUAUUUGUCACAUGUUGGUUUCUUGGUGUAACACCCGUGAACAAAAAGACGAUGUUCUGAGUUCUGCUGUUAUCUCAGAUUCGACGUGGUGAUGAUUUAUUGAAGAGAAGAUUCUGGACAAACAGAUAUAUUGCUGUGUCAUUAAAUGAAAUGUGUUGUUGAGCCUUUGACUCGUGCUGGUUCAUGCACAUUUUCCAUUUUGAGAGAUAUUUGUAUUAAAGAUCCUGUUACAGUUCAA